AUGUGGGAAUUUCCUUUUCGAAUCUUUGUUCAAGGGAAAAGCUUGUUUGGAAUCUUGGAUUCAUCAACAACUAAGCCUAAUCAAGAUAAGGGAAAACAAGUUUGGCACGCUAGCAAUGCUCGUGUAAUUUUCUGGAUCCUCAAUUUCAUACAUGCUGAUAUUGCUCUCAGUCUGCAUCCAUCCAACUUGGCAGUAGAUAUAUGGAAGCAUCUCAAAACGGUAUAUUGUCAAUGCAAUUAUUCUCGAAAAUUUGAAUUGGCACAUACUCUUUCGGAAUACAAACAGGGAGAUAAAGACAUUUGGAGUUAUUAUUCAGAACUUAUGGAAAUCUGUUCAGAACCAGACCAAAGGUUUGGAGGAAAUGUUUCUUUCACAGGCUUCAAGGAGGUUAUUUUGGAGAGGAAGAAGACUCGACUAGUACAAUUUCUCAUGAAAUUGAGACAUGAUUUUGAGCCUAUUAGAGCUAACAUUCUUAACAGACAAACUCUUCCGGACAACGAUGUAGUGUUUGGAGAACUCAUUCAUGUGGAGACUCGCAUCAAUACUGUAGCAUCCAUGUAUUUCUCCUACACAAUUGACGCGGUUGUGUAUACAUCAAAAGGAACUCAUAAAUAA